AUGCGCAACAUUGGCAGCCCAGUCCUUCCAUACUCCCGGCCAGAAUUUGUCGCCUUGCCGCGUGCCCAGCCACCAGAGGCACUUCCCUCAGGCGCGCGCUCAGGUCAGCCCAAAGGGAAGCUAACGCAUUCAGAAGCGGGAAUGAAGGCAAGCUGUCGCGUGCUUGAAGCGGGCGGCGGCGGCGGCGGGGGCGGCCCUGGCGCGGCUGAGGAGGAGGCCCUGGAGUGGUGCAAGUGCCUGCUGGCCGGUGGCGGCGGCUACGAGGAGUUCUGCGCGGCCGUGCGGGCCUACGACCCCGCGGCGCUGUGCGGCCUGGUGUGGACGGCCAACUUCGUGGCCUAUCGCUGCCGGACGUGCGGCAUCUCCCCCUGCAUGUCGCUGUGCGCCGAGUGCUUCCACCAGGGCGACCACACCGGACACGACUUCAAUAUGUUCCGCAGCCAGGCCGGGGGCGCCUGCGACUGCGGGGACAGCAACGUGAUGCGGGAGAGCGGGUUUUGCAAAAGGCAUCAAAUUAAAUCAAGUUCAAAUAUCCCCUGUGUUCCUAAAGACUUACUGAUGAUGUCUGAAUUUGUUCUCCCAAGAUUUAUUUUUUGUCUUAUUCAAUAUUUAAGAGAAGGCUAUAAUGAACCAGGUAUGUUUUAA